AUGUACACCAAGUCUGCUGCGCUUUCCGUCCUUCUAGUCGUGGCUGAGGCCAGAUUCGGCCAGGAACAAACUCCGGUUGCUGCCGUGUCGGCUCUUAGCAACUUUGGCAACCCCGGUGAGGCUGCUACCUUGGCUGGUGGUAUCCCGGGGAGCCUUCUCGCGGCGGCCGACCCCUGUGCCAAGCUUACCCUUGCCGACAAGAUCGUCUCGACUCUCGGCAGCGACCCUGCCGUCAUCGCUGCCGCCGCCGGCCUUGUUGGGGCCGAGCAGAACUUCAACCCCUUUGUCGUCAGCAUUCCCAACAUCUGCGGCGAUGCCACCCUUCCUGCUACUGCGGAGCUCCGCGGUAUCGUGCCUCUGGUGGACCCUGCCGUCGGCGACUCGGCCACCGAGAACGCGAAUGCGGCUGCGUCUCUGAAGACCCCUUUCGAUGCCACUGGCUUGAGUGUAGCCGAGGUCAUGAUCGCCCAGGGCUUCUCCAACUUCUCCGUAAACGGCCAGGACCAGGCGGGUGGGAAAACCGGCGGAAACGCAAAUAACGGUAACGCCAACGGUGGAAACAAUGCGUCCGCCGCCAGCAGCACAGCUGCCGCGACGGCGACGGUCAAGUGCGGCGGCUCAAAGGCCACCGCAUCCGCCUCUGUCACCGCCUCAGCUUCGGCAUCCCAGGCGGCGACGGCGACCUCCGCCAACACUGCUGCUACCUCGGCCGCUGCAGGCUCUGGCAGCGGCUCGUCCGCAACCGGAGCUGGUGCUGUUACCAAUGCCGUCACCGGUAACUUUGAUGGAUUUCAAAAGAGCUCCCUUGGGCUUGACUUCGGAACUUGCACACCCACUGUCAAGUUCGAGGAAUCGCUGAACGGUCGCAAGGCUGGCGAGUUCACCUUCCAAGCCCAGGACCCGGUCGUCAACAAGGGCCAGCAAGAGGCUCUCAACCCCAACAUCAUCUUCAACCGCAUCUGUGACCAGCUCAACAACGUGUGCAAUGCCGCAGAUGAUGCCAUUGCUGCCUGCAAAUCCGCUCAGGCCGACCUGGGCGGUGGUGCCAAGGAUGCCUCGACUGCCAACGCCUGGAACACUGCUUUGGGCUUCGACGGGACUAACAUCAACCCCGACAACGCUCCCCAGGCUGGCCUCGUUGGCCACACUUAA